AUGCAAACCGUUGCCAAACGAAAGCACAUAUUGUUCAAGAAUGGGAGGUCCAACAAGGACCCAUAUGUGGUUGUACAGCUGCUGGGCAGUUCUGUUUCCUCUCUCGAAGAAGUGCAGGAGCAUCAUGGGACAAAUGCCUUGAAACAUUUCAAAACGAAUGAUAUCAUUGCUCUGCAUCUUGGCAAAGUGCUUGAGGUGUGGGAUCCAAAGAAAAAGAGAUACUCUCGGGCAGAGGAGGCUGAUGCAGAGUUGGGUGAUGGGUUCCCGAAAACAACCACACCCACUAGACAUUCAUCAAGAGAUGGCUUGCAUGGGCCGCUGCCGGUGGAUUUGAACAUUGCUUCUCUCCAGCGGCGGGAUGUCGCAUGCCUGCCACAGCAGUCUCUGGUUGAGUCUUUCUCGGCUGUGCGUGAAGCAAUGGCCGACCGCUUUACUGGGCUUGGUUCCGCAGAGGAAGCUUUAUGCAUACUUCAGCCCCAUGUUCAAGCACGCUUUCGCUAUGUGUAUGGUUGUGACACCUCGGAUGACGCGCGGAAAUUCUUCCGCGCAAGGUUCAGCAAGGACAAAGGAGUGGACAAAGACCAUCACUGGUUUGAAGAUGUUCUUGAUCUAGUCCAGCAUGGGCCGGUGCCCGACAAGAUUUUCAACAUGCCUUUUCAAGAGAAGGUGAAAGCAAUUUCUGACAUGGACAUGUUGACGGCGACGCAUUGCAAGAUCCACCGCAAAAAGUGUCCUGUCCCACAGGUUGAGCUUGACAUCAGUGGCUCAGUCUGCAAAGACUACUCUGCCCAAGGCAAACGUUCUGGAACAGACGGCCGACAUGUGGUGAGCAUGCUGCUGCACUUUCAGGACCUGCAUAAUCGCAAAGUGCCCAUCCGAAUUUCGGAGAAUGUUGUCAGCCCUGAAGCUCAAAUGGCCAUAAGCCAGUGCGUGAGGGGAUGCGAUGUCCGGUAUAUCAUCACCAUGCCGGAAGACGUGGGUCAUGGAUGUGUCCGCCGCGACCGCGGCUGGCUUGCGGGGGUCAGCCCGCCAUACAGACUUUUUCAAGACCCGAACGUCGUUUACAAGCGGCUUUCUGACAGGCUGUCCGCGCGGCAAGUUCCGCAGGAUGAUCUGUGGUUUGAGGACGCAGCCGGCCUGAAAGAAGAAAGGAAGAAGACUGCAACCCAAUUCAGGAAGUUCACGCCAAAGGGAUCUUUUUCGGAUAUGCUCAUUGCCUAUGAGAAGGAAGCGCUGUGGGGGAAGACUGGUGACCACGGUGGCUAUGCAGGGCUCUUCAAAGAGAUGGGCGUCGAUGAUCCAGACCGCACCGUGGCUGUUUGCAACCAGCACCCAAUUAAGCAUCCGACCAUGGGCCACAGCGACGGAUCUUUGCCAACUUUUUUGGCCUCUAGCGCCAGGAUUUGGAGCUUUCAUCGGCAAAGGUGGCUGUCUUCUACCGAGAAGUUUGCGGCCAUGGGCUGGGCUGUGACGCCGGAACUUGCCAAGGCUGUGGGCAGACCUCAACUGGCCAAGCUAAGGACAGUAUGCGAGAGUCCACAUGAAAGAAUUGGAAAUGGGAUGCAUGUCUUUAACGCCUUGCUCGUGCUGUGCUCGGUGCUGAGCAGCGUGGAGCUGAUGGACACUCCGAUGUUCAAGGACCCCUGCGUUCAGCUAUUUAGCGUCAAAAACAUUAAGAGAUAUUAA